GGCUAAGCAGUUUAAGAGUAAACAAAGACUUUACAGGAAAAGAAAAGACUUUGAGUUGUGAAUAUUUGUAAUCAAAUCCGGAACGCAAGCUUGGAAACACUGAAAUUUUCUUUCAUUCCACGUUCUGCGGAUAGAGCACCAGAUUCUCUGAUAAUGGAAGUGAAUAACAAGUGCGGGUCUAAUCUUCCCAAGGUUAUAUGGAAGGUUGAAAUUUUGAAAGUAGUGGAUGUUACUAAGUCUCAGUCUGAGGAUGUUAAUGGACAAGUAACAAAGGUCACUUGGAGGAUUGAGAAUUUCUCCAGAAUCAAAGACAAAAAGCUCUACUCUGAAAAUUUUAUUGUUGAUGGCAACAAAUGGCGAAUACUUAUCUUUCCCAAGGGGAACAACGUGAAUCAUUUGUCAAUUUAUCUAGAUGUUGCAGAUUCAGAAAAUUUACCUUAUGGAUGGAGUAGAUUUGCCGGUUUCAGAUUUGCAGUCAUCGACCAAAUUGAUCGUACAACUUCCAUUGCUAAAGGUAUUUCUACGCAUGAGUUCAAAGCUACGGAGUCUGAUUGGGGGUUCACUUCUUUCUUACCACUUAGUGAAUUAAAAGAUCCUAAAAGAGGUUAUCUCGUCGACGAUGCAUGCUUAGUUGAAGCCUAUGUUUCCACUGAUAUUUCAUAUGUAUUGAUGGUCCAAACUGAUUCGGAUAAACAUAAGACCGAGGAAGCUGAUUGUGUUAAGGCAGCCGUAGACGACCAGAAAACUGUGAGUACCGAACCAAUAGAAAUCACAACUCCUGCACAAACUCAGCCUUCUUGCCAGAUUGUUGCCAUUGAACCUGAAGAUCCCACCGAGGAAGAUAUAAAGACAUUCUUCACUAGCUUAGAGUCUGAGCUUUCAAACUCUGACACUGUUUUUUCUAAAGAAGAAGCAAAGGAAGCACUGGCUAAAUUAGAUGAAGCCUUGAGUAUGACCCCAGUUGAUUUCUACGAUUCAGGGAAGUUUUCUUCACUCAAGCAGGCAUUCAAGAUCCUAGCUAGUUUUGAUUGUUCCUCUACCACCCUUUCGGCUGAGCAGAAAAAUGAGUUGUUGGCCAUGGAGGAAAACUUGAAAGAUCAAGUUGACCGAGCAGUGAAGGCAGUGCAGGACAAGAGCCGAUUUACAGAGAAGGAAUCUAUCAAGCUGACAAUUUCUCGUAAUUUGGAUCUUAAUCUAAUCAGAUAUAAGGAGGUGGAAUCAGAGUUGAAACAGGUAGAGCAAAAACUUGCUGCCCUGUUGGCUGAACGAAAAGGGAUAUUCCAAGGUUCCAAGGAAAUGAAAAAGGAGUUGGAAGCAUUGGGAAAGGAAUGGGCAGAAUAUGAGGGCAAUGCCAAGGCAGCUGAGGAGGAAGAGAGAAGCGUCGAGGCAGAAUGGGGAAGAAUGAAGGAUUUCAUUUCUUCUAUAAAAGGAAAGAUAUAGAAAGUGUUAUAGUAUUAGGUGUUUUGAACAAAGACUUAUAUGGUACUUUUGUUGGAAUUAAACUUUGUAAUGAACCUGCUGCUAGUUUAUCUCCUGCAUUGGUAGCUGAUGCUACACCA